GCACGUUUAAAGAAUUGUGAAUUAAUCGAAUCUACUUUAGGGUGUAACAAAAUCAAACAAAAAACAACAGAAGAAAACAUUUAGUAUGACUGCGAGGGUAAAACACAUUAUAACCCUAUGUGGAUAACUACCUCUGCUUAUCAUGACUUUAAUUCAGCUGUGUCAAGCAAGUCCACGACCUCGGUUGGCCCUGCUACAACAACAACAACAGCCGAUCCAAAACGAAACAGAAACGCACAGUCCGAUUGUAAUGCCUUAACAGUCGGGCUCGCAGUAGGAUUCGGGGAAGCUCUUUGUAUCGCGGUGAUCGUUGUUGUUGUUGUUCUUAUUCGGAAACAUUGGUGCUUGAAAGUAGUGGAGUUAUGCAAGUCUCAAGGCUCUGUGUUGCAAAAUAUUAAUUCAAAUGACAACCUAUCAGCUGCUGAAACCGGACAUUCUUAUGAGAAUGUUGGGAGUUCUUCAUCACUGGAAGAAAGCAGACGAAGUAGACGAACAGGCCCGAGAGUUGAAAUUGAAAUGGACAUAAACGAGACUGAUGUACAAACAAUCGGUGAUUCCCCAGCAUACGAAGACGUUAAUGCGCCAUCACAGUCACUUAAUGACAAUGACAAUAGCGGACUGUACGAAUCUGUUAAUACACGGGACACGUCAGGGACCAGAUUGUACACAUCUCUUGUGGAAAACAUAGCGUCUCAAUAAAAGUGAGCGAGGCGAUAGCCUGGUCGGCCCUGGAUACAUAUACCACUGUACAGAGAAUGUAGCAUUCACAGUGCAAUUGUGAACGGAAGAUGUACUAACACAGUCAUGUUGUUCUCUACUUAUCCUAUUUUUACAUAUUCCAGUUUGCAGUAUUAUGUUACUGUCAACCUGUCAAAAUGUGACUGCAAGAUUUAUCUCCCUUGCCGACUAAAGGGGCCUAUUAGAUGAUCUGAACAUAUUCAAUGAUUUUAAAAUGUUUUACUUCUCGUAACAGUUCCUCGUCACGUUAAUUUUAAUAAUGCCCUCUGACAUUAACACAAGGGUGUGAGACGACUGCUGUAUAAUUUUCGAAUAUUAGCUUCAUCCCAGGAUAGCUCAAAUUGUGUAUGUCUAACGACUUGUACAAUAGGCCUUUGUUUCAUUUUAACCACAUUCAGCGGUAUAUUUUAGGUGGCUGCACACGAGAUUAUCUUCCAUGGAAAAGUAUAUAGCAAUAAUAUUAAUUGUUUUAAUAUACAAUUAAAAGCUCUCCAUACUAACUGUGAACCGUGUUCGUCAAGAGUCUGUCGACAUAAUGUAAGUCAGUAUCUUUUGUGACUGUUAUGUAUAAAAGGAUGUUUGAACGACACACAUGCAUAACAAGAUUUCUUCACUGUUAUAUACGGAAACGGCAUGUUGUACAUGGAGAUAUAUAGUUAUACUAAGAAGACUAUAUUGCAAAUAGCGCAUUUUUCAUAAUAUUCGUAACAAACUUAAUUGUUUCCAAUUAUUACGGUGUUAUUUACAUGUACUACAUUAUUUCAUCAGCAUACAUAAACAUACACUAGUCUAUCAUUUGUUUUUAUAGGUGCGUAUUAUACGUAAAUUUAGUACUAAAUGGUUACUUUAAGCACAUGAG